AGCCAAUCAGUUGUUUUAAUUGUCAUAUUUGAAUUCAGCACAUCAAAAUACAUAAUAAAUAUCACAUUUUAUCUCUGAAGCAGAUGACUUCUCAAAAAUUGUAGACCAGUGCUAUCAGUGAGCUCCCAGCUGCUUCAGUCCACGGUUUGCCAAUCAGUGUGGUAUGGGGCGUGUCCCCCCUCUCCAUGCUCCAAUAUUAUCCUCCCUCUUUGUUUCAGGUCGAUAUUCUCCAGAGAAGGCAGGGAAAUGGACCUAUCGCUCCGCGCCCAUCUAUUCGCUCGCCUCGCGCACGAAGGAGUUUGCGAAUGACCAGACUCCAGGGCCUGCCGCCUACGGGCUCCCCCCAGUGAUCGGGCCCAAGGUCGUCGGCAAGAGCUCUGCCCCAAACUAUUCCCUCCUGGGGCGCAGCUUGCUUGGCAGCUUCUAUGAGGACCUGAGCAAGACGCCAGGGCCCUGUAACUACCGUGUGGUGGAACCCAGCGUGUACAAGACCCGGGCCCCCCAGUACAGCAUGCUUGCCCGCAACAUGCUCCCUGGGGACAACACGCAGAAACCAGGGCCCGGGGCACACAGCCCGGAGAAGGUGAGGUGGGGGCCGGGACCCACACACACAUGGGCUCACAAGAGUUGUUGUGACAGGGAGUACGUCCAGCAGCGUGGCCAGACCUUUGGGAUCCGCCACUCCGACUACCUGGCUCCCCUUGUCAUAAACAGCUAA